AUGUGUUGCUAUAUUAGCAAAAGUCAAACCAUAAGAAAUGCAGAUGGUACCAGAAUAUCAACAGAACCUAAAAAGGGCCAAACUGUAGUAAAUACACAGGGUCUCAAAGUACCAACGAUCGAUGGAAUACCAAAGCCUGAUCCUGAACACAUUAAGGAUUAUCUUUGUGAUUGGCUAUUAUUUGGCCGACGGAUUGGUACAGAACGAGGAGAUGAACCAACGUAUCAAAUUGCCCAGGAAUAUCCGGGCUACGAUGGUUGGUUUAAUAAUCCCUCAAAACCAGAUCUUGGAGCUGUCGAUACGCCACUUUUAAGACGAGUUCCUGCCAAUUAUGAGGAUGGAGUUUAUCAACCAGCCGGACAAAAUCGACCAAAUCCAUUGAUAUUAAGUCAAGUCUUUUUGAAAUCGGAUGGCAAACGUACAUACUCCAACACUGGCAAAAAUGCUCUUUUAGUCUUUUUUGGUCAACAAAUUGUGGAAGAAAUAUUGGACGCUCAGAGACCAGCAUGCCCACCAGAAUACUUUAAUAUUCCAAUACCGGACAUUCAUCCAUUUAGAAAUUUAACAAUUCAUACAGAAAUGCCAGUAUUGCGUACACGUUACGAUCAACGAUCUGGUCGAAGCUCAAAUAAUCCUCGGCAACAGCUAAAUGAAAUUACACCAUACAUUGAUGGCGGUUUAAUUUAUGGAACAUCUAAAGCUUGGUCGAAUCAUUUACGCUUAUAUACAAAUGGGACCUUAGCGAAAAAUGGUAUGUUAGCUAGUAACGAUGGUGGAUUAUGGCCUGAAAAGAAUACAAUGGGUCUACCAAUGGCAAACCCUCCACCACCUACUCAUCAUGGAAAAUUCACUAAGGACCAUAAACUAUUUAAUGUGACCAGAUUUUUUAAAUUAGGUAACCCACGUGGCAACGAAAAUCCAUAUCUAUUAACAUUCGGUGUUAUAUGGUUUCGAUGGCACAAUUUUUUGGCAAAAUGUCUGACAAAGAGAAAUCCAGAUUGGUCGGACGAGCGUAUUUUUAAUGAGGCUCGUAAGUGGACAAUUGCUUCCCAACAACAAAUUAUAUUUUAUGAAUGGUUACCAGAAUUUUUACACGAUUCGUUGAGCGAAUCCACAUACAAGGCAUAUAAUCCUACAAUCGAUCCACAAAUCGAACAGUUAUUUCAAUCAGCCGCAUUUCCAUUUGGUCAUACUUUAGUCCCAUCAGCUGUGAAACUAAGAGAUUAUAGAAGUAAGGGAUGUUCUAAUAUGGAAUAUAAAAUACGGACCUGUAAUAAUUAUUGGACACCAAAUGAAGCCAUCACAUAUGAUUACAAUGGCGACAAGGUAAUGGAUAUCGAUCGUUUAAUAUUGGGGAUGACGUAUCAGCCCAGCGAAAAGGAGGAUUCAGAAAUUGUUGAAGAUUUACGAGGUAAUGUUUUUGGACCAUUAGAAUUCUCUAGACGUGAUUUAAUGGCUUUAAAUAUUCAAAGAGGCCGUGACCAUGGCUUACCAAGUUAUGAAGAUGCUUUAAAAGCGUAUAAUGUCGAAUGUAAAUUCUGUGAUAAAUUUAAAAAAACGUAUAAGGAAAAACUCGAUACGAUAAAAACUUCAAACGAUAAUUGGUCAAACGACGAUAUUGAUGUUUGGGUGGGUGGCAUUUUAGAAACGAGAUCUUUUGGUCCAGGUCCAUUAUUUAAAGCGAUUAUAUUAGAUCAAUUUACACGUAUACGAGAUGGGGAUCGAUUUUGGUUCGAAAAUAAAUACAAUAUGCUAUUUACUGAAAAUGAUAUCCAAAGAAUUAAAAAGCUAACUUUCUACGAUAUAUUGUUGGCAGUCACAAACUUGGAACAUUAUGAUUUACCAAAACGUGUUUUUGGACUUGCAAUAACUGAAGAUGAAAAGAAGUCACUAUAUGGUGGAUUGGCAGAUAAUUCGGAGGGUUGCACAAAAUAUCAUUCUCCACAUCAUAACUGUAGUUUAUCUGAAGAUUUUAACAGUUUUUUGAAAAAUAAAUAUCACAUAACAGCAAACAAAAGUUGUUCAUAUUUAUAUGAGGAAAUAUGGAGUGAUGUAGCACAAUUGGACGCGUGUACUCCUGUUGGGCCACAAACGUACGAUUACUUUAGCAACAGUCAACUAUCAUUUAUUAUGACAUUUGUCAUUCUUAUUCUAUUUAUCGUAGGUGUCUUUGGUUUAAUCGGCUUUCUAGUGUGUUCUGAACGAAAACAACGUAUCGAUAUCACAAAGAACAGACAAAAGGAACAUCUAAAAAAAUUACACACAAACUCUUCUACACAUAUGCCAUUUCCAGCUUUAGAAUGGAUUGAUUACAAGAAACCAUAUCGCAACGUAAUUGUAAUCGUUGAUAUAAAAUGUGGUGAAAUAAACUUACAGAGUCCUACAGAAUCAAAGACUGUAUUACGUUGUAUCAAUUUAAAGAACAAGACUCAAACGUUAGACUUGUAUCUAAUAUCAGACGGUUUACAUUUAGGAGUACGAUUUCAACACGAAUAUGAUUUAUUAUUAAAAUUCGAUCAGUUUUUCCGUCAACCGUUUAUUGAUCACUUGCAAUCAUUUAUAUCGAAAUUGGGUUUAACGAGGUCUGGCCACAAUACAAAGGUACCAUUGAAAAGCUUCCUAAAAACAAUUACGACCAAACGGCAACGUGACCAACAGUUACAACAGUUUUUUCAACAUGCAGCACUUAGUUCUGAGUUUGGAGAUAGAGCAAAAGUUCAAACGAAGAAAGACAAAGAAAUAAAGAAAAAGGUGCACUCAACACAAUUAACAUUAAAUGAGUUUGCUGAUCAAUUAACAAUUGGUGUUGAAUCAGAAUUCGCAAUCAAAAUGUUUGGAUUGGUCGAUAAAGAUAAAAAUGGUUUUAUAUGUUUUCGUGAAUUUAUGGCAAUGCUUAAAAUACUUUCAAACGAUAAACCAAUUAAAAUGGACGAUUCUGAAACUAUGUCUAAAGUUCAAUUUAUUAAUAUGUUCAGAACAUUAUCCGAACUUGUAUAUGCUAAAAUCAAUAACGAAGAAUUAGAGAAAACCAUUGAUGACAUGAUGCUGGAAGCUGGAAUUGAUCAAAACAAUUCGAUAACUUUCGAUGAUUUUAAAAAAUUACUCACAGAAUAUAAAGAUGUGUUGGACUUUAGUAAAUUGGAUUUAUCAAUUAAGGAUGUACCGUUCAAUUCACGUUUGAGUGAAAUCAAGGAAACAUUUGAAACAUUAUAUGCUACUAAAGAAGAAAUACAACGUCGAAUUGGUGGUGAGCAAGUGUUAAUUCAAGAACAAGAUGAAUUAGAAACUAAAAAGAUAACAAAAGAAUCGAUUCAAUUGAAUUUAUUUAAUAAAAUGUUGUAUUGGUUGACCGUACGUUCCACACAAAUAUUCUGGUUUACUAUCUUUACAUUUCUCUUGUGGCUCAUUUUUAUUGAGCGUUUUUAUAGAUAUUAUUUUGAACGUGAACAUUCUGGAUUACGUCGUAUUGUUGGGAGUGGUGUAGCAUUUACACGUGGUGCAGCAUCCGCUCAAAUGUUUUGUUUUGCCACGCUAUUGUUAACCAUGUGUCGUCACAGCAUCACAGCGUUACGUGACACACGUUUGUGUCAUUAUAUUCCAUUGGAUUCGAAUCUUCAAAUGCACAUCUAUAUUGCUUGGUGGGCAUUAUUUUUUACAGUGAUCCAUUGUGUGGGUCAUGGUUUUAAUUUUUAUCACAUUUCAACUCAAACAGCUGAUGAUUUAACAUGUUUGUUUCGUAACGUAUACCAUGCGUCUCAUGAAAUACCAAAGUUUCAUUAUUGGAUGUGGCAAACAAUACCAGGUGUGACAGGUAUCCUGUUGAUUUGUAUGACAACCGUCAUGUAUUCCUUUACAAUUCCUGUGGUUCGUCAACGCUUGUACAAUUACUUUUGGUUCACACAUCAACAGUAUCCCAUAUUUUUUAUUUUAUUGUAUUUGCACGGGAGCAGUCGACUCAUACAGGAACCUUUAUUCUGGUAUUUCUUGUUCGUACCCAGUCUAAUAUUUAUUAUCGAUCAUGGAUAUGGCAUAUCACAUAAAAAAAUGGAAAUCAGUAUCGUUGAAGCAGAAAUACUAUCGUCAGAAGUAACAAUGUUAAAAUUUAAAAAACCAAAUGGAUUCAGUUAUAAAAGUGGACAAUGGAUUCGUAUCGCAUGUUUGGAACACAAUCCAAAUGAAUAUCAUGCAUUUACUUUGACAUCAUGUCCACAAGAACAAUAUUUAACAGUUCAUAUUAGAGCGUUGGGUCCAUGGACACGCCGAAUCAAACAUGUUUACAACAGGGCUAAACCAUAUCCAAAGAUAUAUUUGGAUGGACCAUUUGGUGCUGGUCACCAAAAUUGGGAUCAAUUUAAUGUAUCAGUUUUAAUUGGUGGCGGAAUUGGUGUCACACCAUUUGCAAGUAUUUUAAAAGAUAUUGUUUAUAAGAAUUACGGUCAUAACACCGAUCGAAAUAUAAAUAAAGUAUACUUUAUUUGGACAACACGUACUCAGAAACAAUUCGAAUGGAUGGUGGAUAUGAUCCGUUACAUUGAAUCCAAAGAUUUGGAUCAUUUAAUAAGCAUCCACAUUUAUAUUACACAGAUUCACGAGAAAUACGAUUUACGUACGAUUCUGUUGUAUUUGUGUGAACGACAAUUUCAAAAGACAUCGCAACGUUCGUUAUUCACCGGUUUGAAAGCUGUCACACAUUUUGGACGACCAGAUUUUCAUCAAUUUUUUGAUUCGAUUCAUACAUUACAUCCAAAUUGCCAAAAAAUUGGAGUGUUUACAUGUGGCCCUGCACCAUUUACUAAAUCAGCCGAAGACGCUUGUGCAAAAAUGAACACCAAAACAGAUGAAGGACCAAUGUUUGUACAUCAUUAUCAUAAUUAUUGA